AACUUCUUCCUUACAGCCUACCGUCCUCGACACCCGCACCGACGCCGACACUUCCUCAAGAUGCCUCACUCCUUCGGUUACCGGGCGCGCACGCGCGACAUGUUCAAGCGGGGGUUCAAGGAACAUGGCCCCAUUAAACUGUCAACCUACCUCGUCCCCUACCGUGUAGGCGACAUCGUUGACAUCAAGGCCAAUGCUGCCCAGCAAAAGGGUAUGCCCCACAAGUUCUACCAUGGCCGCACCGGUAUCAUCUACAACGUCACUCCAAACGCUGUGGGUAUCAUCAUCAACAAGGUUGUCGGCAACCGUUACAUGGAGAAGCGGGUCAACAUCCGCGUUGAGCACAUCAGGCACUCGAAGUGCAGACAGGAGUUCCUUGACCGUGUCAAGAGGAAUCACGAUGCGCAUGCUGCGGCGAGGGCGAAGGGCGAGCGCGUCCAGCUCAAGCGUGUCCCAGUCCUUCCUCGUGAAUCGCGCAAAGUCUCGACAGAGGGCAAUGCACCACAGACCAUCGUUCCUGUUCCUUAUGAGACCACCAUCUAAAAUGCACCGCGUUUAUCCCACUACCGUUUUCGAGGGUUAUGUUCUGUUAUCCUUUUUCUAUGCUCAUGCGCAAUACGAUCAUAAUAUGAUGCAUGGUUGUAUCAUUACAGG